GUUUCUGAUGCAGACGCAGACGCAGACUUCCUCGUCGGGCCGGAUGCGGCAUGCGUGGGGCUCGUGGAGGACACUGCAGGCUGGAAGCUUGUCCAGUCCCGCCGUGCGCGGCAGGCACCUCGGUCACCUUCGGUUUUCAUGCCUCAACAGCGUCCCCGGCCGCCCGCGUGGCUCUGGAAUAGAUGUUUCCGUUGCUUCGGAAAAGGUCAUCGAGCAGCGGAGUGCAGGGAUCCAAUUCGGUGCAACAGAUGCUUUCGCUCGGGACACCGUGCACGGGAUGGCUGCAAGCUGGUGCAUCCGCAGCCUUCUGCAAGUUCUACUCGACCGCUGGCUCAUUCUUGGGCUACGAUUGUUGCGCCUUCAUAGGCAUCAGAGAUACACGAGGCCCCGUCCAACAUGAAGACUCUUCGGCGUGAUUCCUCGCCUUACUCGUCGGUUGCUUCGGCUUCUGUCCCGAUAGAUGUGACGCUCCAGCCUGCUCUUGGGGUGCACACAAAGCUACUAGGAUCUGACCUUCAUGGCAUGACUUCCUCACAGAUGGAGGAGGCAAUUAAGCCGCUUCGCGAGGUCGCUGACUCCUUGCAAGGCUGGGUGGUGCGUAUUGGGAGCUUUCUGGAGCGUGCAGAGGCUGCUCUGCAAAGGCUCCCUCUUGCACAGGCUCCCGUGGUUGAGUCUUCUGUUGGCUUCAUGGAUCAGGCGGGUGCGGAGCUCUUUGGUAGCUUCUCGCCCCGUGUUGGGUCUAGUUCGACGCCUCUUGUGUUGCCGAACUCCGUGGGUGAGGCAUCCACUGAGGUUGUGUCUCCGGUGCUGCAGAUCAUGCCCGAGUUGCAGGUGUUGUGUGGGGAACAUGUUUUGCCUGUGUCGAUGGAGCAGCUCAAGUUGGACUCUCUCCAGGCUUCGAAGGUGGACCCUGUGUCCUCACCACCCCCCGUGGAGCUUUGUCAGGCUUUGGAGGUGGACCUAGUGCCCUCACCACCACCUGUGGAUCCUUGUCAGGGGUCAGACAACCUACCUCUCAGCGUCUUGGAGCACGGAGUUUUAGAUGUUGCUGCCCUUCCCUCGUCUGCAACCAUCGGGCAGGUGAUGCAUGAACGGCGACCGAUAUGGCCUCAAAUGCGCAGUUUCUUGCUGUGAUCCUGCUGCAUCUGUGCACCACGUCCUCCUCCCUAUACCUUGGUCCACCACGCCAGGCGCACGACUACCUCCGCUUUGCCGACGUCAAUCGCCAUUGCCAGUCCGUGCUCUCGUCGCCGCCGAGCUGCCCUACGAAGCCAACCGUCCCUACCAAGUGAGGCACCAGCUAUCCUUCGAGAAGGGCGACUGGCGCCAGGACGCCGGCCGUGCGCCUCUCCUGCCGUUCGACGCCGUGACGCGCCAAAGAUGGGUGCUUGCAGUCGCCGGUUGCCUGAGCCCCUGUCGCGCCAAAGAUGGGUGCUCGCAGUCGCCAGUUGCCUGAGCCCCUGUCCCUCGCAACAUUCGUUGUCACGCAUGUCGACGAUGACGAGGAGCACCGUGCACCGUGCAAGGCCAGCCGUCAAUGUCAGCGGCGUCCUCGUCCUUGCCCUUGCCUGGAAGACUGCCGCGCCGGAGUUCGGGCCAGGCAUGUCGGCCGUGUCGCCGGAGUUCAACCUUUCGGCAGGCAGCACCAGGCUCAAGAUUAUAUAAGAAGGCGUGUACACGGAGAGUGCGGAGAGCAAUGGGGAUGACGACGGCGAGCGAGUGCUGUGCAUGGUCGGGAGCGCUGUCCUGCCGAAGCGCAGCACCGGCGGCGUUGACCCGUGGGACUGGGCCAAGAACUCCGGCCGGAGCAGCUUCCAGUCGCCUGUAACGGCCGACAACAACAUACUGCUCGUGCUACGGUACUCGAAGAAGCUGACACUGACAAUCCGAGCGGUGAUCGGCACGAUGCGGAGCACCCGCGGCGCGCUCCAGGCUUAGCGGGAAGACACUGUCGGCCGAGGGAGCGUGGAACGCAUCGACGGGGCAGGAAAGAAGGCGUGCAACUUCCGGGUGUGCCUCUUCUUCCCGACUGUUGAGUAUAAUGUUUAUUAGGAAAGACGAGAUAGAUUAGGAUUUGUUCUGGCUUGUCUUGUACUCUAAGUAGAUGAUUGUACUCCUAUAUAUAUGCCCAUGAGGCUCAAGCAAUACAACAAAC